AGGGCCGCAGGCGGCUCGGCAGACGGGUCAGAACAGGCCCCCUGGGGCGAGUUUUGUGGGCGGAUCCGUCGGGGCGCGCACGCGACGGUGUCAGUCCAAAGAGGGGGCCGAACGAUGACAGAAACACAAGAACUCGGAUGUCCGCGCGGAUUUCUUGCAUCGGCGCUGGACCCCCCUGGCGGCGCCUCCGGCGCCGCCCCUAGCGCGCUCCGCGCGCCAGGCAGGGGGUCCAGCGCCGAUCCAAGAGAUCAGCGUGGACCUCCGACAGUUCGUGUUUGUAUCAUCGUUUGAUUCCUCGGGUAAAGCAGAGACCCGUCCCAAGCGGGUCCUCGCCCAGAAGGCCGGAUUUCCGCAGGGUCCUGCAGAGCCGGAGUUUGGCUGAGCCGGCCUGCCAGCCGCUCGCGGCCCUGGAGACUUCGAGGGUCGGAGGACGUGGCACCUCUUCAUCGGCGGAAGGCGGCGGGAGGUCCGCGGAGGCCAGCGGAAGCAAAAGGUGCGCCCCUCCAAAAGAUAGCAUUCUUUUUUGGGUUCAGGGUUCCUGGAGCCCGCCACGUACAGUCGACCCGCAUAGUCAGGACGGGCAACCUUCCCAAGGGCACCCUUGCAUCCUUGCCCCUUCGGUCCAUCCUUGGCCACUUUCGCUGGCCAGGCCCCGCUCGAAAAGCUUCGAAAUGGCCUUCCAAGGCUCUUGCAUCCUUAUCGCGCGUCCUAUGAUACGGGUUGACUGGAUUGGCUGAGCCAGGUUCGGGAAGCCCCGCCAUAAGCUGCAGAGCAGCUUUUUUGAACGGUGACUGAGCCAGGUCAGCGCACACGCCCACAUGCGGGUGAGGGGGCAGGGCUCGCGGCGAGGGGGGGGCGGCCGGCAAGGAAGGCGCCCCAGCUGCCGGGAGCUCUUCUGCCGUCCACGGGUGACUUUGAAGGCCUCCGAGAAAUCGGGCCCUUCUAGAUGAAGAAAUCUCUGCCUUCUGGGAAGGCCCCCCCCCCCCGCCCCGCCACCAGCUGUGCGCCGCCAGAGGUGCGCCGCGCGGCGGAGGACGAGGCCUACGGCGCGUCCCACACCUCCUUCUACACGGACGCGGUGGCCAAGGACAAGUACGACACUCUGGCGGAGGUGCUCGACAAAAAGUUGAAGGACGAGAAGCUGAAGGGCAUGGUCAACGAGCUGCUCGACUGCUGCGUCAAGAUCACGGACGCGCUGAGGGUGAACCUGGUGACGGUCAACGACAGUUCUAACACCUUCGGCGACACGCAGCUCACCGUGGACGUGAUCGCGGAUGACCUUCUCUGGGACCUGGCCAAGACCAGCAAGCUAGUGACCGAGGCGUCGUCGGAAGAGGAGCCCGAGAUUGUCAAGACCAACCCCGACGGGCAGUUCGUGCUGUGCUGGGACCCGCUGGACGGCAGCUCCAUCGUCGACAACAACUGGGCGGUUGGCACCAUCGUCGGCAUCUGGGACAAGUCCACCGGCCUGCUGGGCGCCACCGGCCGCGACCAGGUGAUGAGCCUCGUGGUGCUCUACGGCCCGCGCACAACCGCCUUCGUCACCCUGGACGACGGCGUGUACGAAUUCACCUGCGGCCCCGGCAACGAGUGGAUCUGCUCCCGCGAGAAGAUCCAGAUCCAGAAGGACUGCAAGAUCUUCGCCCCGGCGAACCUCCGCGCCGCCCAGGAGGUGGACGGCUACAGCAAGUUGGUCGACUACUACAUGAAGAACAAGUACACGCUCCGCUAUUCGGGUGGCCUCGUUCCCGACGUCUGCCAGCAGUUCACCAAGCGGCAGGGCGUGUUCACGAACCCCACCUCCAAGGCAUCGCCCGCGAAGCUGCGGCUGGCCUUCGAGGCCGCGCCGUUUGGCAGGCUGGUGGAGAUGGCGGGCGGGAAGACCUCCGACGGCGUGACUGGCAACAGCGUUCUGGACCUCAAGAUCGAGGCGGUGGACCAGCGCUGCGCGCUCGCCAUCGGUUCCGCCAAUGAGGUCGAUCGCUUCAACGACAUGGUCGUGAAGACGGCCGUCCCGGCGUGAUCAUGGGGCCGACGCCUUAUUGUUUUACAUUGCCCAGCUUCCCAAUUCCAGAGAGGUUGCGUUUCUUUUCGACGGAUCGUGGUUGAUUUUUCCUGCCAGCGCGACGUCCAGUGAAGUUUAA